AUGUCUUCCGAAAUCUUGAGUGUUGGCGUAAUCAAAGAAAUGUUUGAGGCUGUCAGCGAGGACGGUCCGAGGCCAGAAAGCCCAGUGCUUCAAGUAGUAAGAUUUUCUGCAAAUCAAAAUAAUCCAAAUGAAUCGUUACAGUCAAGAGUUAGAGUAGCAUUUUCUGAUGGACAGGAACUUGUAUCAGGCAUUAUUCCUGUAAACCUCUUGAGGAGCAUCAGUGGGGGCCGGCUCGAAAGAGGCCAACUACUUAGGUUAACCCAUUAUAAUUGUAGUAUCAGUCAAAGUACCAAAGGGCAACAACCACAAAAAGUAAUAGUUGUCAGUAAUUACGAAGUGGCCAGCAGCGAAUUACAACCAAUCAUAGGCAACCCAUUUCCUGGACAAGACACAGUCACCGAACGUUCUCGACCUUUGGCUCAUCCGAACCCUCAACCUUCGGCACCACCAAAUCCUCAACUUCCUCAACAGCCUGCUCCAACGUUUCCGCGAUCUGUACCUGGUAUCCAGCAACAAAUGAGACCACCUACACCUACUUUUAACGGAGGAGGUAUCAUGAGAUCCAGUUCCAAUGAUAUGCGGCGAACAUCAACAGGUCUCGCUGAUGAAGGAAUUUUCCCUAUCAAUUUACUUAGUCCAUAUCAUAAUAAGUGGAAGAUUAGGGCGGUUGUUGGCGCAAAAUCGGACAUCAAACAUUGGCAAAAUCAAAACGGUGCAGGAAAAUUAUUCAAUUGUACUUUGUUAGAUGAAAGU